UUUUUCGAGAGAGAGGGAGAGAGAGAAAGAGAGAGGUAGAGAGAGAGAGAGAGAGAGAGAGAGAGAGAGAGUGCAUCCCUUGCGCUCGCCGACUCAGAAGAGGGCAGCGCACAAGCGCAGAGACGGAGUCAGAGGGCUGGGAGAACGAACGCAGGAGGGGUGUCCCAUCCACGAAGUGUCCCUGGAGGAACUCAGCCUGCAAACUUAUUUAAGUUAUGGCUGCAUGAAAUAAGCCUUUUUUUUUUGGUUACUUUUUUUUUCUCUCUUCUGGGAUCUUGGGCACGAGCUGUGCCUGAUCACACGUUGCGAUACAUUAUUAUACAGACAAAGCAGUACUUUUUAACGCUUGCCGUGGACGGCACUCGGUGGCCAUGGAUACCGAUAUAAGAUGGAAAAUAAAACGGUGGAUAACGUCUCUGCACAUCACUUUAUCAGUAGUUCUUCUGUGUGUCACUUCGAAUGUCAGCUCAGCGGAACCUGCAGAUCUCUUGAAGAUAUUAGAUUUUCACAGUUUACCUGAAGGUGUAACAAAAACAACAGGUUUUUGUGCACAAAGGAAGUCCUCCAAAGGACCAGAUGUGGCCUAUAGAGUAUCCAAAGAGGCUCAGCUCAGUGCACCCACCAAACAACUUUACCCUGUGGGUGCAUUUCCUGAGGAUUUCUCCAUCUUGAUGACAGUAAAGCCAAAGAAAGGCAGUCAGUCCUUCCUGCUGUCCAUCUACAAUGAGCAGGGCAUUCAGCAGGUGGGAGUAGAAGUCGGACGCUCACCUGUCUUCCUGUACGAGGACCACAUGGGCAAACCUGGGCCGGAAGAUUAUCCUCUUUUCACAGGUGUCAAUCUGGCUGAUGGAAAGUGGCAUCGCGUAGCUUUUAGUGUACACAAACAGACUAUCACCCUGAUACUGGACUGUAAAAAAAAGACAACCAAGACCCUAAGCAGAAGCCCACAUCCCACCAUUGACACCAAAGGCAUUGUAGUUUUUGGAACCAGGAUCCUUGAUGAAGAAGUAUUUGAGGGAGAUAUUCAACAGCUGAUGAUUGCUACUGAUCACCGGGCGGCCUAUGAUUACUGUGAGCACUACAGCCCUGACUGUGAGGUUCCUGUCCCAGAUGCACACCAGAACCAAGACCCAAACCCAGAUGUUUAUGGCACUGAGGAUGACAGUUACUACAAUUACCCUGAGUAUGAGUACAUAGAUGAAAAUGAAUUUGAGCCUACCCCCACCAUCGACAAGGCAGCAGGGCCAAUAACCAAGGAAGAAAAGGUGGUGUCUACAGCAAGGACCAGGACUGUGGUGAGGGAGGGCACCUCAGAAGACUCUUAUGAUAACAUCCCUGAUGAAGGGAAGUAUGACAGUGAAGCUUACUAUGAACAUUACUACGAUGAGUCUACGAAAUCCCCAGACAAGACAGUCACCAUCAGAGGGAGUUUGGAACAUAGUACAGGAACAGGUAUCAGCGUGGACCUGGGGCUCGAAGGCAAGGUUGAUGUGGCGCUCGGAGGCAAUGUGGACCUGGGACUCGGAAACAAAGCCGACCUGGAAAAGAUCAGCACAGACGAUGGUCGCGCAUCCGUCACUGCCACAUCGAAUAGUACGGAGACUGAUAGCUACGGCGACGUUUACGGCCAAGAGUAUUAUUACCACUAUGACAAAGAGGACUACAAUGACGGAAGCUCUCGGGGUGGAAGCAGCUCUUCCUCAAACAGCUCCUCAAGCAGUUCAUCCAGCUCAGGCAGUGGAUCGGUUGUCAGUGGAGGAUCAGCAAGCAGUGUGGGUGGGGCAUCUCGUGAGGCUGGUGGAGCCGCUGGUGCUGGUGGAAGUUCUACAAGCACCGGGGGUGAUCAUGGUGCUGCUGGUGAAGCAGAUUAUACAGACCUAUAUGGCUUCAAGGAGGAAUCCAUUACAGACUACGAUGACACAGACAUAAAAGGGAUUUACGAUGUUUACCCGGAUUACGCUGACCCGGAGGAAAAGUUGCUACCUGCUGAGAAGGAUGAAUAUUUUGGAGAGGUUGACGGUUUUAGGGGAGAAAAGGGACAGAAGGGAGAGCCUGCUAUCAUUGAGCCUGGAAUGCUUGUCGAAGGUCCUCCUGGUCCUGAAGGCCCUGCUGGUCUGCCCGGCCCGACUGGUCCUGCUGGCUCCCCUGGCCCUGCUGGAGAACCUGGAGAGAGGGGCCCCCAUGGGCGCCCAGGCCUUCCCGGUGCUGAUGGUCUGCCAGGACCUCCCGGGACGGUUUUGAUGCUGCCUUUCCGGUUCAGCGCAGGCGGGGACUCCGGUCAGAAGGGACCCGCUGUCUCAGCACAGGAAUCACAGAUGCAAGCCCUCAUGCAGCAAGCCAGGCUGGCUAUGCGCGGUCCCACGGGCCCGAUGGGUCUUACUGGAAGACCAGGGCCUCUGGGUCCCCCAGGUGUUUCUGGACUGAAAGGUGAAGCUGGAGAUAUCGGUCCACAGGGACCUCGCGGUCCGAUGGGCUCUCCGGGACCAGUUGGAAAACCAGGGCGACGGGGCCGUUCAGGGGCAGAUGGAGCCAGAGGCAUGCCGGGACAGACUGGACCAAAGGGCGACAGGGGCUUUGAUGGACUUGCUGGACUCCCUGGGGAGAAAGGACACAGAGGUGAGUCAGGACCAUCAGGACCUCCUGGACCACCUGGAGAAGAUGGUGAGAGGGGCGAUGAUGGUGAGAUUGGACCAAGGGGACUGCCUGGUGAACCAGGCCCUCGUGGUUUGCUUGGACCAAAAGGACCCCCAGGACCUCCUGGUUCGCCGGGUGUGACUGGAAUGGACGGCUACCCCGGACCCAAGGGAAACAUUGGGCCGCAAGGUGAGCCUGGUCCCCCAGGACAGCAAGGAAACCCCGGUGCGCAGGGUCUUCCAGGACCUCAAGGACCCAUUGGCCCCCCUGGAGAGAAGGGUCCCACCGGGAAACCAGGGUUGCCAGGUGUCCCAGGAGCUGACGGGCCACCGGGACAUCCUGGAAAAGAAGGACCAGCUGGUGAAAAAGGAAACAUGGGUCCCAGUGGUCCACAAGGACCAAUUGGAUAUCCUGGGCCCAGAGGUGUGAAGGGAGCUGAUGGUGUUCGUGGGCUGAAAGGAAACAAAGGGGAAAAGGGAGAAGAUGGAUUCCCUGGAUUCAAGGGGGAUAUGGGUAUCAAGGGCGACAGAGGUGAACUGGGAUCUUCUGGCCCAAGAGGUGAAGAUGGUCCUGAGGGUCCAAAAGGUCGUUUAGGCCUUCCUGGGGAUCCUGGCCCAGCAGGCCCGACUGGUGAAAAGGGAAAGCUUGGGGUUCCAGGGCUGCCAGGAUACCCUGGAAGACAAGGUCCAAAGGGGUCUCAGGGAUUCCAGGGAUUUCAAGGAGCCAGUGGAGAAAAAGGAACUCGGGGAACUGCUGGAAAGCCAGGCCCACGAGGGCAGAGAGGGCCAACUGGUCCUCGAGGAGAGAGAGGUCCAAGAGGUCCCACCGGGAAGUCAGGGCCAAAGGGUAACUCAGGAACUGACGGACCCCCUGGACCGCCAGGUGAAAGGGGCCUGCCGGGACCUCAAGGCCCAACAGGGUUUCCAGGACCCAAGGGUCCCCCAGGACCAUCUGGAAAAGACGGGCUGCCUGGACACCCUGGGCAGAGAGGUGAAACUGGCUUUCAAGGCAAAACUGGACCUCCAGGGCCACCAGGUGUGGUUGGACCUCAGGGCCCCACAGGUGAAACUGGACCAAUGGGGGAGCGAGGUCAUCCAGGACAACCUGGACCCCCAGGAGAACAGGGCCUCCCUGGAGCUGCGGGAAAAGAAGGGUCCAAGGGUGACCCCGGUCCUGCUGGACCAGCAGGUAAAGACGGACCACCGGGUUUGAGAGGGUUCACUGGAGAGAGAGGCCUUCCUGGCCCAGUAGGAGCUCCUGGUCUGAAAGGAAACGAAGGACCCAGUGGACCACCUGGACCUGCUGGCUCUCCUGGUGAGCGAGGUCCAGCCGGAGCAGCUGGACCUACUGGACUACCAGGACGUCCAGGCCCUCAGGGUUCCCCGGGUCCUGCUGGAGAAAAGGGUUCUCCGGGUGAGAAAGGUCCUCAAGGUCCUGCUGGAAGAGAUGGUAUUCAGGGUCCAGUCGGACUUCCAGGUCCUGCUGGUCCAGUAGGUCCUCCUGGGGAGGAUGGUGAUAAGGGUGAGGUUGGUGAGCCAGGACAGAAGGGAAGCAAGGGAGACAAAGGAGAACAUGGUCCACCUGGUCCUACUGGUCCACAAGGCCCAAUUGGACAGCCUGGUCCUCCUGGUGCUGACGGUGAGCCUGGACCCAGAGGACAGCAGGGUCUCUUUGGGCAGAAAGGGGAUGAAGGACCUAGAGGAUUCCCUGGUCCUCCUGGACCAGUUGGGCUCCAGGGACUUCCAGGCCCACCUGGUGAAAAGGGUGAAACUGGAGAUGUUGGUCAAAUGGGUCCCCCUGGUCCUCCUGGCCCCAGAGGACCAUCAGGACCUCCAGGUGCAGAUGGUCCUCAGGGCCCCCCUGGUGGCAUUGGGAACCCAGGCGCUGUGGGAGAAAAGGGAGAAUCUGGCGAAACUGGAGAGCCAGGGCUUCCAGGAGAUGCAGGUGGCCCGGGUCCUAAAGGUGAGCGGGGAGAAAAGGGCGAAGCUGGGCCACCUGGUGCUGCUGGUCCUCCAGGUCCAAAAGGUCCUCCUGGAGAUGAUGGUCCCAAGGGCAGCCCUGGUCCAAGUGGUUUCCCUGGUGAUCCUGGUCCUCCUGGAGAGCCUGGGCAACCUGGUCUGGAUGGCCCACCUGGUGACAAGGGAGAUGAUGGAGAAGCUGGUCAACCUGGUUCUCCGGGACCUACUGGAGAACCUGGUCCUUCUGGCCCACCUGGGAAGAGAGGCCCUCCAGGGCCUUCUGGACCAGAGGGAAGACAGGGUGAAAAAGGAGCCAAGGGUGAGCCAGGUCUGGAAGGUCCUCAAGGCAAGACAGGACCAGUGGGCCCUCAAGGAGCUCCUGGCAAGCCUGGUUCUGAAGGCCUCAGGGGAAUCCCAGGCCCAGUUGGUGAACAAGGUCUUCCUGGUUCUCCGGGGCCAAACGGGCCUCCUGGACCCAUGGGUCCACCUGGAUUACCAGGCCUGAAAGGUGAUAGAGGUGUUAAAGGUGAAAAGGGCCACCCUGGGCUGAUAGGGUUGAUUGGACCUCCAGGAGAGCAGGGAGAGAAGGGUGACAGAGGUCUUCCAGGUCCUCAAGGGCCUGCAGGUCCCAAAGGCGAUAAUGGUAUUCCUGGUCCCUCUGGUCCCAUCGGCCCCCCUGGACCCCCAGGACUGCCGGGUCCUCAAGGUGUAAAAGGCACAAAGGGCUCAUCUGGUCAAACUGGUCCAAAGGGUGAGACAGGUGUUCCUGGACCCCCAGGCCCUCCAGGUCCCCCAGGUGAUGUCAUCCACCCGCUACCAAUUCAUUCCAGCCCUAAGCGGAGCAGGAGAAACAUUGAUGCCAGCCAGCUGAUGGAUGAUGCUAAUUUGGAUGCAAGCUACAAGGACUAUGAUGAUGGCAUGGAGGAGAUCUUUGGCUCCCUCAAUUCCCUCAAGCUUGAGAUUGAGCAGAUGAAGCACCCAUUGGGCACCCAGAACAACCCUGCUCGAACCUGCAAGGACCUUCAACUGUGCCACCCUGACUUCCCUGAUGGUGAAUACUGGAUUGACCCCAACCAAGGUUGCUCAAGGGACUCCUUUAAGGUGUACUGUAACUUCACUGCUGGAGGCGAGACCUGUAUCUACCCGGACAAGAAGUCUGAAGGGGCUAGACUCACUUCAUGGGCAAAGGAGAUCCCUGGGUCCUGGUUCAGUGAAUUCAAACGUGGUAAACUGCUCUCCUACGUGGACUCCGAGGGUAGCCCAAUUGGUGUGGUGCAGAUGACCUUCCUGCGACUGCUCAGUGCAUCAGCCCGCCAGAACUUGACCUACAACUGCUACCAGUCGGUGGCCUGGUAUGACUCAGAGCUGGACAGCUAUGACAAAGCCAUCCGCUUCCUGGGCUCCAAUGAUGAGGAGAUGUCCCACGACAACAACCCUUACAUCCGUGCCGUGGUGGAUGGCUGUGCGUCAAAGAAAGGCUAUGAAAAAACUGUUCUGGAGCUCAACACACCAAAGGUGGAACAAGUGCCUUUCGUUGACAUUAUGUUUAGUGACUUUGGCGAAACCUCGCAGAAGUUUGGCUUCGACGUGGGACCUGUCUGCUUCCUGGGAUGAAAGAUGUCACUCAUUUACUAACGAACAAAACAUUACAAAAAAAAAGAAAAAAAAGGUAGUCACCAUAUGUUGUACCAUUCUGCCUCCAAAAAACAAAAUAACAACUCAAAGCAAGGAAAAAAGAAUUGAGUAGAAAGAUCAACCUUGGAACCUCAGUGUAUCUUCUCUGUUACAUCCAGGCUUUAAAAAUGGACAAGUAAAACAUUCGCUACUGCUCUGCACCUUCAUGUAUACCCCACUUCCCAUCCUUGCCCACCUCCCCACACCAGUUUUCAUUUCCCCAAAAGCCAACUUCAAUGUAGCUUACAUAAUAUUGUCAAAAUGGCCCGUAGAAGUCCUUUUUGGAACAUUACACACGAGAAGGUGGGAGAAACAAUGGCCUUGUCCUAAAAUGGCUAUUGUCUUAUUUUUCCCCUUUCCUCUUUUUAAGUCUUGAAGCUUCCUUUUGUGCAUAUUGUUUACCCAUUCCUCAGAAUGGUGCUUAUAUAUAAAUAUAUAUAUAUAUAUUUUUUGUGUGAGUAUGUCAGUGUGUGUGCGCAUUUGUAAGUAAGUUUUGUAUAUUUUUUCUUGUAAUGUUUAAUAAUUAUGGCUUCAAAACAUGCAUGUGACCUUUAUAUGGUAAUGAUGGAGAUGAUUUUCAUCAAAAGACCACGAUGGAGACAGCUGAGCAAUUGGUUGUUAGGAAAACUGGGGACAGCUGUAUUGCUGCAGGUGUGAAGCACAUCUUUUUGUAAUUUAAAAAUUAAAUUAUAAUAAAGGAUAAAAAAUGCACAUAGUGCCAUCAUCUGAGCAUUGAUUUACAAACAAAAUGUUUACUACAACUUCUUCCUUUGUGCCUGUGGCCCUCUGUAAAAUGCCUGAUGCAAACUUGCUGCGGUAUUGCUGCAUAUUUUUAGGGUAAAGACAAUCCCCUUUUCAGACCUUUAAUAUAUGCAAUAAGGCAUGAUACGUGGGAGAAAUUUAGCAUUAUUACAGAACACAAUAAUGUAGGUGCUACUUUGCUACCAUCUGUGGUGCUACGUAUUUUACACAUUUUUUGAAAUGUAAAGUACAACACUGAUGAUGUCCAAUUCCUAAUGUCCCAAUGAUUCAUUUAGCUCCUGACAUCUUGAGUAAAAAAAAAAAAAAAAAAAAAAAACAUUUGUAGCAAGGUUGCUUUGCUGUGCAUGUCCUCACUAUGUUCAUAUGUAGGAUCAGUAUUUUAAGCCUGUAUGAUCAAAAGUAAUAACAUUUGUCAGAACUGCAGUAUUAGGGUUGUGAUAAUAACAGAUUGUAAUUGAUCAAUGAAUGUGCUGAGUAUUUAAUUUAUAUAAAUGCUUUUGGGAAUUGCAAUGCUUUUUGAAAUGGGCUCAUGAUGUGCUUUUGAUUGGAUUUUGGUGGGCAGGAUGUGUACAAUAAUGUACCUUUUCAUGAUGAGCCUCGGUACAAGUCCUUCUAACGUAGCUGUCUCACUCUCUGUCGCCGGUGUCAGUCAGCUUCUUUACAGUUCCAAAGCGUUUCGAUGGAAAACAGCUUAGCUUUAGUGAACUUAACAGAAAUCCCUCACAUCGCCUUUCCGUUUUCUGCCUUUGUUUACUUUCUGUUUGAGAUACUUGAAGGCAACAAGAACACGUGUGAGAUGUGCAUUUUUAAAAAGGCUGGUUUACAUCUCUUGCUGUUUGGAAAUUUCCUUUCUGCGGUUUAGUUCUUUUUUAUAUUCGGUGAAAGGUGUAAACAACCUUGUUUUUACACCGCUGACAUGACUGGAAUCACGAGUCAUGUAGACCAUUCAUGGAGCCAGGGAAAAUCAAAAGCCUGUUGUGGAGCUUUUCCAGAUGCCAUUAUUUACAAUUGAUGCAUUACUCAGCCUUGCCAGAGUUGCCUUUUAAAUGUCCAUACCAAACAUUUCUCUCUGCGCUGUCUCUGCACCUUCCACUGAGUUUCACCUCACUUUCACUCUCCUGCAUCUGAAAUAAUUGUUUGCAUUUUAUUAUUGAGAUUUGACUUGAACCAUUUCUGUUAAAAAGAUGCAUACAUCUAUAGAAUAUGGAUUUUUGGUGCAAUGGGCCUGAUUUAAUUAUUGUUGUAGACAAACCUUUUUUUUGUAUUUUUUGUAAACCAUCCGAAAUGCUUUUCAAUCUGUCUUGCCUAUAAAGGUAUUUGUAUGUUUGUUUUUAAAUAUUGUGAAACCUGUGUAAGAAAUGAUAGAUUUUGUUGUUCUUCUGUCAAUAAAUUCAAGUUUACUGUGCCUUUCUACUCCACUGAGGUGUGCAACUUGUAUGCCUUUUGAAGCAUUAAAACCUAUCUGUAUGCAUGAA